CUGUUCGCCCCCAUUGUUCGCCGGAGCGAGUCGCGCGGAGUGGAGUGGAGAAGAAGGGCGGUGGCGACCGGGCCGGGCAGAGCAGCCAUGGAGGUGGUGAACAUGAUGGAGCAGCCCAUCAAGGUGACAGAGUGGCAGCAGACGUACACCUAUGACUCGGGGAUCCACUCAGGGGUCAACACCCAGGUGCCAUCGAUCAGCAGCAAGUGCUUGGUGGAUGACGACGACCUCUAUGGCAAGCAAUACACCAUAAAGAAAACCACCACCUACAGCCAGGCUGGAGGGGCGUCAGCCCAAGCUCAAGCCGAUUUGGAGUCUCAGCUCGCCAUGACCCGUGCCCAGCGCAUCCGGGCCGCCAUGUACCCGGAGACCGUGGAGGACCGCUCGCUUCUCAUCAGCACCCAAGUCGAAGGGCAACAGACGAACGUGCAGCGGCUGGCCGAGCCCUCGCAGAUGCUCAAGUCGGCCAUCGUGCAUCUCAUCAACUACCAGGAUGACGCCGAACUGGCCACCCGCGCCAUCCCUGAACUCACCAAGCUUUUGAAUGAUGAGGAUCCGGUAGUGGUCAGCAAAGCAGCCAUGAUUGUGAACCAGCUCUCCAAGAAGGAGGCGUCCCGCCGCGCUUUGAUGCAGUCUCCUCAGAUUGUGGCUGCGGUGGUGCGCACCAUGCAAAACACCAGCGACCUGGAUACGGCCCGCUGCACCACCAGCAUUCUCCACAACCUGUCCCACCACCGCGAGGGCCUGUUGUCCAUCUUCAAGUCUGGGGGCAUCCCGGCUCUGGUGCGCAUGCUUAGCUCUCCCGUGGAGUCCGUCUUGUUCUACGCCAUCACCACCCUUCACAACCUGCUGCUGUACCAGGAAGGGGCCAAGAUGGCGGUGCGCCUGGCCGACGGGCUCCAGAAGAUGGUCCCCCUGCUGACCAAGAAUAACCCCAAGUUCCUGGCCAUCACCACGGACUGCCUGCAACUGCUUGCCUAUGGGAACCAGGAAAGCAAGCUCAUCAUUUUGGCCAAUGGCGGCCCCCAGGCCCUCGUUCAGAUUAUGCGCAGCUACACCUACGAGAAACUGCUGUGGACCACCAGCCGCGUCCUCAAGGUUUUGUCCGUCUGUCCCAGCAACAAGCCGGCCAUUGUGGAAGCUGGUGGCAUGCAAGCCCUGGGGAAGCACCUGACCAGCGCUAGCCCAAGGCUGGUACAGAACUGCCUGUGGACUCUGAGAAACCUCUCAGACGUGGCCACCAAACAGGAGGGCCUGGAUGGUGUCCUGAAGAUCCUGGUCAACCAGCUGAGCUCGGAUGACAUCAACGUGCUGACCUGUGCCACCGGCACCCUCUCCAACCUCACCUGUAACAACAGCAAGAACAAGACCCUGGUGACUCAGUCCAACGGGGUGGAGGCCCUGAUACACACCAUCCUCCGGGCAGGAGACAAAGAGGACAUCACUGAGCCUGCCGUCUGUGCCCUGAGGCACCUCACCAGCCGGCACCCGGAGGCCGAGAUGGCCCAGAAUUCUGUGCGGCUCAACUAUGGCAUCCCCGCCAUCGUGAAGCUGCUGAACCAGCCCAACCAGUGGCCACUGAUCAAGGCGACCAUCGGUCUCAUCCGCAACCUAGCCCUGUGUCCCGCCAACCACGCCCCCUUGCAGGAAGCUGCCGUCAUCCCACGCCUGGUCCAGCUGUUGGUGAAGGCUCACCAGGACGCCCAGCGCCACGCAGCUGCUGGCACGCAGCAACCAUACACGGAUGGAGUGAAAAUGGAAGAGAUCGUGGAAGGCUCCACAGGCGCACUGCACAUUUUGGCUCGCGACCCCAUGAACCGCAUGGAAAUCUUCCGCCUGAACACCAUUCCGCUCUUCGUACAGCUCCUCUAUUCUCCGGUAGAAAACAUCCAGCGUGUGGCGGCUGGCGUGCUGUGCGAACUGGCCCAGGACAAAGAGGCGGCUGACGCCAUCGAUGCAGAGGGUGCCUCCGCCCCGCUGAUGGAGCUUCUGCACUCCCGGAAUGAAGGCACAGCCACGUACGCGGCAGCUGUGCUCUUCCGCAUCUCAGAAGACAAAAACCCGGAUUACCGGAAACGCGUUUCUGUAGAACUGACCAACUCGCUCUUCAAACACGACCCCGCCGCCUGGGAAGCUGCCCAGAGUAUGAUCCCCAUUCACGAGCCAUAUGCAGAUGAACUGGAUGGAGGCUAUCGCGCCAUGUAUGCUGGGGAUGACCCCAUGGACAUGCACCUGGAUAUGGACGGCGAGUACCCUAUGGACGCGUACAGUGAUGGUGUGAGGGCGACCUACGCAGACCACAUGCUUGCCUAAUGGGCUCCUCGGGAGAGCUUAAGAUGUUUUCUCAACACAGAAGAGGGCAGUGCUCGAGUCCGGGGCACUUGGGAGACAGAAGUGCCUGAGAAAGAUGACGGACUCUUCCUUUCCCUGCGAAGAGGUUUUAUUUUCUAAAAAAAAAAAGUUUUCCCUCCU